AUGGCUUCCACGCAAGUGAUAACUGGCCCGGACGACAUGUCAAACUUCUCGAUUGGCAUCAUCGGUCUCGGAGACAUGGGGAAGAUGUAUGCUCGACGGCUCAGCGACAAUGGAUGGAGAGUAAAUGCAUGCGAUAGAGAAGAGAGAUACAAUGGUCUGAAGGAAGAUUUUGCGCAUAAUAAGCAAAUUAAUAUUCUUCCAAAUGGACAUCUCGUUUCCCGCAUGAGUGAUUACAUUAUCUAUAAUGUAGAAGCUGCAUCCAUCGAUAAAGUGGUAGCGACGUACGGGCCAUCUACGAAGCAGAAUGCCAUCGUUGGUGGCCAGACUUCCUGCAAAGCUCCCGAGAUUGCUGCUUUCGAAAAGUAUCUUCCUGCUGAUGUGGAUAUUAUCUCCUGCCACUCUCUCCAUGGCCCUGCCGUUGAUCCCCACAAUCAACCUCUGGUCAUUAUCAAGCACCGUGCUUCAGACUCCAGUUUCGAAAAGGUCAAGAAGGUUCUAUCAUGUCUAGGCUCUACCCACGUCUACCUCUCCGCAGCUCAACACGACCGCAUAACAGCAGACACCCAAGCCGUAACCCACGCAGCUUUCCUCUCGAUGGGCAAAGCCUGGCACGCCAAUGCCCAAUUCCCAUGGGAACUAGCACGGUAUGUCGGUGGCAUAGAGAACGUCAAGAUCAAUCUCACCCUCCGUAUUUACUCUCAGAAAUGGCAUGUCUACGCUGGUCUUGCGAUCUUGAAUCCCUACGCCAAGGAGCAGAUCCGACAAUAUGCUCAGAGUGUUACGGACUUGUACAAACUCAUGCUUGGAGGCCAUGAAAAGGAGUUUCGCGAACGUGUCAUCGGGGCAGGCAAGAAGGUCUUCGGCAACCAACCCUUUGAUGGAGAACUAUUACUGAAAGAUGAAAUCCUCGAUCGGUUCUCACUCGGCAAAAAACCAGAGACCCCUAUGCCUAACAACCAUCUCUCACUACUAGCGAUGGUAGAUUGCUGGUCCUGUCUAAAUAUCGUCCCUUACGACCACAUGAUCUGUAGCACACCUCUCUUCCGCCUCUGGCUCGGUGUCACGGAAUAUCUGUUCAGAAAGCCUGCUCUGCUCGAUGAUGUAUGCAGAAUCGCGAUUGAGGACAAUACGUUUAGAAGUGACGAUUUGGAGUUCACAUUCGCGGCUAGGGGUUGGAGCGAUGCGGUCAGUUUUGGUGACUUUGAGGGUUGGAAGGAUAGAUUUGUUUCUACGCAGAAGUUCUUUGAACCUAGAUUUCCUGACGCAACCAAGGUUGGGAACGAGAUGAUGAAGACUAUUCUGGAGAAUAUGAAGAAGUGA